CACUGAAAAUUCCACAUCUAAAAAUUCAUCUUUUUCUUCCUCUAUAAAUUCCGACAUUUGGUCAGAUUCCAUUUCCUAAAGAAAAUGAUUCACCGGGAUAUGGAUAUCGAUGAGUGGGUUCUUCUACCUGACGACGACAGAUUCCUCGACAUCAAUAAAGAUGUCGAGAAACAAAUCCAGAGAGGAAAACGAGUUUCGGAUAUGAAUCUCGUUUUUCGCGCGAAUUAUUUCAACAAAGAAGAGCCUCCACCUAAGCAAAUCGUUUCGAGGAUCCUCAAGGUUCCGGAAAAUGAUCCGGGGAAGAUGGUCGAGAAGAUCAAAGAGGCCGGCACCGAAUCGGUCGAAGGCGAUCGAGAAGUGAAGACACAGGUUUCGUUUAGGAAACCCAGUUACAACAAUGAAUCCGUCGACAUGACCAACAAAAUGGACUCGCCGAGGUCCACUACUAAAGGAGCCAUCCCUCAACUCGAUGCAGCAGGUACGUUUAAUUUCGAUGAAAAAGAUGAUGAAUUUUUGCAGAACAUGAGUUCUCCGAGACUGAGCAAUUCGUUCGAAAAGAAAGCCGGCGCCAACUGGGAAGAGAACUCCGGUCCCGGUGGCCUCUGGAAAUGGAGCCUGACCGGAAUCGGAGCAAUCUGUUCGUUCGGUGUCGCUGCUGCUACCUUUUGCAUCAUCAUCGUCGGAACUCAACAGAGGCAAAAGCAACACAAGCAGAACCAGAAACUGCUGUUCCAGCGUUACACCGAUGACAAGAGGAUGAAACAAGUGGUUCAUCAUACGACAAAACUCAAUGAAGCAAUCUCUGCAGCUAGAGGGGUUCCUAUCACCAGAGCUCACAUAACAUUUGGUGGUUACUAUGAUGGUAUUUGAAGGUAUUGUCCCGUGGAGAAUUUGGACCGUCCAUCUGGUUGGUCAACGGUUCUAAAUAUAUACAAUUAAUCUAAAUUGGGUCUCUCUGUUUGUGUUUGUAUAUAUAUACCUGAAAAUUCUAUAAUUUUGGUGUGUUAAUUUGGUCAAUAAUGAAAGUAUAGUUUUCA